AUGCUUCUUCUCAAGUCCUUAAAACUCCUUUCAAUGGCCUCCAAGCCCCCCUCGCAAGGCAAAAUCGUCUCGGACCAUGCCAUCAUUCAAUCAAAACGGUCGUCAAUCCGAAAAUAUCAAAGCAAAUCCAUCGCGUCCUCCUACCGACUGGGCAAUGUCAGACAACCCAAGCAAGCGAGAGCCAAGGUUAAAACUUCGAAAAGGGCAACCUCGGAAGUGCAGCUUGAUCUGUCCAACCCCGGCCGGCAACCAUACAGCAAUAGGGGUAUCAACAACUCGAAGAAGAGUGAAACUUUUGUUCCAUCACGAGAACUCCGGUAA